AUGCGCAACAUAAUCACGCUCAAUAGAGGCUGUUUUAAACCUGCUUCGCAACAAGUGCCCGACCUUAAAUUACAAAGCAGUGUGUUUGACACACUAUCGGAUAGUAUUACAUGCGUUUUAGGGGAUCCUGAAAUAGGAGCUUUUGAGGUUCAUCAGUAUAUGAAAGAUGGUAGCUGCAAUGUCCUCGUAUCCUUCAAUAUACAGACGUUUGACGACAAGCUGCUUUCGUUUGUACAUUUCGGAGAUCUCAACCAGGUUGUGUUUGUGAUGGCACAAGGUGACAUAAUAGCAGCUACAUAUGAUUCCAUUACGUUCGAUCCAUCGUCAAGCGUAGUUGAGAUUGUUGGUUCGAUUGAUGGAGGUAUCGAAGCAGCCGAGUGGUCUCACGACGAAGAAACCCUAGCGCUGGUAACAGUGGAGCGUAAUGUCGUACUGUUGAGUAGGCAGUUUGACCCUAUCUCAGAGUACAAGCUUUUGAGCGACGAUCUGGAAAUGUCAAAACAUGUCAAUGUUGGAUGGGGUAAACAUGAGACUCAAUUUAGAGGAAAAGGUGCUCGAGCAAUGGAAAAAGCUGCUUUAGAAAGCUUGAAAGCGUCUGGUCUCAAAGGAAACGAGCUGCGGGAUCCUACGAUGCCUUAUGCAGUAGAUAGCGGUGAAGUCGGGGCAAUGGACUCAGGGAACACCACUCUCUCAUGGAGGGGUGACUGUGAAUUUUUCGUUAUGUCUUCCGUCGAGGACGUGGCGGAAGCUAACGGGGAGCAGAUUAGAAGAAGAGUGCUGAGAGUUUUUUCGAGAGACGGGCAACUUGAUAGCGCGUCUGAACCUGUAGAUGGUCAAGAAGAUCUUCUAGCCUGGAAACCCCAGGGCUCGCUGAUAGCUUCAACACAAAGAAGUGAUGAGAUACCCGGUGAAGAAUCUAUUCAGUUGAUUUUCUUCGAGAGGAAUGGAUUACGACAUGGUGAAUUUGAUACGAGGUUGGCCAUGGGUGAAAAAGUCAAGUAUCUUGCUUGGAACUCCAGCUCUGAGAUUUUAGCGAUCAUCCUUACUGACAGAAUCAUGCUUUGGACCACGAAAAAUUAUCAUUGGUAUUUGAAGCAAGAGAUUUAUGCUAAGGACAUCAACUUUGUCAAGUGGCACCCCGAGAAAGAUUUUACCUUGAUGUUUGGAGACUAUAACGGCAUAAAUAUUGUUGAUUUUGCAUACAAACUUGCAUCGGGUCCUACAUUAGAACCUUGCGAUUCGGGGACUGUAAUGGUGAUCGAUGGAACCACUAUCAACAUUUCCCCUCUGGGCAUGGCUUGUGUGCCACCUCCGAUGUAUUAUCGGGACUUUGAUGCUCCAGGGAAUGUUCAAGAUGUUGCAAUUAGCCUCUCAAAUGAGAUAUAUGCAGCGAUCACGAAAGAUGAGCUGAUAUUGGCCUCAGUUCCUAGCCUAGAGGAUAUGAAGGGAGGUCUUCAUCCAUGUAUCUCCACGACUAUCCCUAAAUCUUUGUUUGCAACCGAGUUUGACACCCUAAGACAGGCGGCGUUCAUAAAUGAUAACAUCGUGUGUGUUUUAUUAGACGCACAAAAUCUCUCCCGUAUCGCGUUGCUAGAUGUUUCAGAUGUAACGCAGCCGACUCUGAUCAAUGUCAUUGAAGCUCUCGAUAAAGUAGUGUUGCUUCGCACUGGGUUCGAAUAUAACUAUAUGGUUUAUGAGACCAAAAGUUGUAGGGUAUAUCAGACUGAUCAAGAAGGAAACGUUAGCGAAAUUUGUUGCUUUCCGCAACUUGUACGCGACCUACGUGUCAAGCGCGUUGAGAAUUCUGCACAUGCUGAUGGCGGAGUUGCGGGGGACUCCCAACUGAUUGCUUUCGGAUUAACUGCUAAUGGCAAACUGUAUGCAAAUGAUGUUCUUCUAAACAUGACUGUAACGUCCAUGGAAAUUACCGAUGAUUUUCUGAUGUUCACCACUGCCCAACACAACCUUCAAUUUGUACAUUUGAACUCAACUAAUUUCAAGCCUCUGCCUUUGGUUCCCGAAAACGUUGAUGACGAGAGAAUACGAGCGAUUGAGAGAGGGUCUCUCUUGGUAACUGCGAUUCCCUCCAAAUUUUCCGUCGCUUUGCAAGCUGCUCGAGGAAACUUGGAGGUGAUCUGCCCUCGUAUCAUGGUCUUAGCGGGCGUUAGGAAAAACAUCUUGGCCAAGAAAUACCGCGACGCAUUUGAAACUUGUCGUACCCACAGAAUUCACUUGGAUAUUGUUCACGAUUAUGCUCCCAAGCUAUUUUACGAGAAUCUCGAGCACUUCAUUGAUGAUAUAGAGAGGGGUGAUUUUCUUGAUCUAUUCAUUUCUUGUUUGACUGAAGAAGACGUCGCGGAAACAAAAUACAAGGAGACACUUGGGAGAAGUAUGGAUCAGGUAUUCGAAGUCGCACCCCCACCACCUACCGAGAUGGAGCUUUACAUGAAAAAGAAAAUGUUCGAUUCCAAAAAGUCAAAGGUGAACAAAAUCUGUAACGCUCUUUUAGAGGUUUUAUUGAAGAAUCCGGAAUACAAAGUAAGGUACUUGCAAUCUAUUAUAACUGCUUAUGCUUGUCAAAAUCCUCCUAAUUUGAAGGAAGCGUUGCUGCUAAUCUCAUCUCUUGGCGAUGACAGCGAAACAAGCUUAACAUAUUUGUGUUUCCUGCACGACGUCAAUGCGCUGUACAAGGUUGGAUUAUCUGUGUAUGAUGUCAAACUCACUCUAGCAAUUGCUCAAAAAUCACAGAUGGAUCCCAGAGAGUAUCUUCCAUUUUUGCAAGACCUCCAUAACCAAGAAGUAACUGUUCGCAAGUUCAUGAUCGAUGACUACUUGAAGAACUAUGAAAAGGCCUUGGAACACCUUGCUGAGAUUGAAAAGGACAUCUCUGGGCUCUCCGACAAAAUUAUUGAUUAUAUCCAAGUCCAUGAACUCUAUAGGUUUGCUUUGAAACUUUUCAGGUACGAUCACAGCAAGCAGAAUGCUGUUUACCACAUUUUUGCGCCAUACUUAUCCUCGAAACAAAAUUACGGAGAGGCCGCUAUUAUCCAUGAGAUGUUGACCGAAUACAAGGAGGCGAUGGAAGCACACACACACGCCAAGAAUUGGAACGAGGCAUUGACCAUCGCAACAUUGCAAUUUAGCGAUAAGGUAACGGAAGUCGCAGAGACUCUGGUAGCCUCUCUGUCAUUUGAUCACAAGUAUGCCGAUGCUGCCGAAAUUGAGCUCACUUAUCUAAAGAACGCGAAGGGAGCUAUGGAUUUUUAUUGCAAGGCCUACUUGUACGAGAAAGCUGCCCUGGUGGGGGCAACUCAAGGUUGUCCUGAGUUAAUCGAUCAGGUAAUAGAACCUGCAUUGGGCGAAGGCUUUGGAACAAUCGCGGAGCUGUUAGCCGAUUGUAAGGGCCAGGUGACUUCGCAGUUGCGCAGGUUGCGUGAGUUAAGACAGAAGAAGGACGAAGAUCCUUACGCAUUUUAUGGUCAAGAAACGGACCAAGCUGAUGACAUUUCCAUUGCCGCAUCUGAAACUUCGACCAAAGAGUCCUUUUUCACGCGUUAUACCGGGAAAACCGGCGGAACAGCCAAAACUGGGGCUUCACGACGUACCGCCAAAAACAAGCGUCGGGAAGAGCGCAAACGGGCCCGUGGGAAGAAAGGUACCAUUUACGAAGAGGAGUACUUAGUCCAGUCUAUUGGCCGGUUAAUAGAGCGUCUAACGCAAAGCCAACCCGAUGCUGCCAAGCUGAUAGACGCGUUGUUGAGGCACAAUAGAAAGGAGGAAGCUCAUCAAAUCCAGAAGUAUUUCAUUGAUGUGAUUGUACUACUUAAGGAGAAUGUCACGGAAAUUUACAACGUCAGUGAGAAGGACAGAGAGAGAAUUGACGAAGAGGGUAACGUAUACCAUGUCCCCGAAAUUCCAGUGCCAGUAAUCCCAGAAUUUUCUGGCAGGCAGGUCAUUGACUUCUAA